AUGUCAUCUCCAGUUAAAAUUAAAUACCCCAUUAAUAAAAUACCAUUUGAUUAUUCAAAGUUUCUUAAGCAAAUAGAUCAUAAAAAUGCAACAAAAAUUGCAAGAAUGGUUAAAAAUUUUGAAUUAGAAUUUGAAAGACAUCCUAGAACAAUUAAUGAUCAAAUCAAAUUUGUGCGCGAAUUUUUAGACUUUAUAACAGGAAAAAUGCGUGAAUGUGAGUUGUGGAGGAAUGCGUCAGAACAAGAAUUUGAAAACGCAAAAGAAGGAAUAGAAAAAUUAGUGAUGAAUCGAUUACACAAAUUAACUUUUACACCUGCAAUUAAAGGACCACCCGUUACUGAUGAUAUAGAACGUGAUAAUAUUUUAUAUCAAAAAAUUGAAAUAUUUAGAUGGGUUAGAGAACAACAUUUAGAUAUUCCGAUUACUCCACACAAUGAAGCAUUUUUUGACUUUGCUAAAAAAGAAUUAUUAAAGAUAAAUGAUUAUAAAGCUCCAAGAGAUAAGCUUAUUUGCAUACUUAAUUGUUGUAAAGUUAUAUAUGGUUUAAUAAAACUUGUUGAUGGUGAAGAAGGAGCUGAUAAAUUUUUACCAGUAUUAAUUUUUGUUAUUUUAAAAGCAAAUCCCGAAUAUUUGAUGUCUAAUGUUCAAUUUAGGAGUCCAGAAAAAUUACAAUCUGAAGCUGGUUAUUAUUUAUCUAGUUUAAUGAGUGCAAUUUCUUUUAUUGAAAAUAUGGACCUCCAUUCAUUGACCAUAACAAAAGAAGAAUUUGACAAAAAUAUUGAGAUGACAAUGAAGGAGCUUGACAGAGAACGACCAAAACUUGCAGAAAAUACUCGAGAAAUUAAUUACGAAAAUGCCAUACAUCCAUUAUCCAGAUCAAUUGCUCAGAAUAAUAAUAAAGGUACAAUUAUAAAUCAUGCACAAGCAAAAGCAAUAUUUGAAAAAGGCACUAUUAUUGCUCAGAAAACAAUUCAAAAACCUUUAGAUAUUGUAGGGAAAAUAUUAUCAGAUCUUAAUCAAGACAUUCAAAAUAAUAAUAACAAUGGCAUUGGUAUUAAUAAUGAGAUGAUAACAAUGGGACCACAAAGAAUGGAAAGGUCAUUAUCAUUAGAAUCCACAUCAUCUCAUGAUUCACGUGAUUAUGCUCAUAUAGAAGAAGAAGUCAACCGAGUUACCAAACGAGAUAUCCAAAAAUCAUUAGAAUCGCUUAAAAGCAUGUUCCCCAACAUAGAAUCAGAUUUAUGUAAAGAGGUUUUUUAUGGUAAAGAGUGUAAUAUAAAUGAGGCGAUUGAUAAAUUGCUGGAAAUUGCUAGCCCGUUUUUAAUGACCAAGAGUGAGCAUGGGGAAGGGGAUGCGAUUGAUUUUGUUGAUUUGAAUAAACUUUCACUUGAUCCUGAAAAUAACAUUGUCACUCCUUCCACUGCUAGUUUUACCACUUUUAUAACACAGAUCAUGCGUUAUAUUCAUUCCAGUUAA